GACCGAGUUGACUUGGGACCGAGUUGACCGCCGGUACGUACCCAAUUCAACAACAUGGCUGCGCCCAGGGGAAGUCCGGUAGUCGACAAGGAGAAGAAAUACGACAGACAGCUGAGACUAUGGGGAGAUCACGGCCAAGCUGCCCUGGAAUCAGCUCAAGUGUGUCUCAUCAAUGCUACGGCCACGGGGACGGAGAUCCUUAAAAAUAUCAUCCUACCAGGAAUUGGUUCCUUCUCUGUCGUCGAUGGUAACAAGGUCAAAGGUGAAGAUGUUGGGAACAACUUUUUCCUGGAUAAAGACAGCAUCGGCAAAUCCAGAGCACAGGCGACGACAGAGUUUCUCCUGGAGCUCAACAGCGAUGUCCGGGGAGACUUUGUGGAAGAGAGUCCAGAACAGCUUCUAGAAAAUAAUCCGCAAUUCUUUGAAUCGUUCAGUUUAGUUGUAGCAACAGACCUGGUUGAAAGAACCUUACUUGAUUUAGCAGCAACACUGUGGAGCACUGGUAUCCCACUGCUGGUUUGCAGAAGUUAUGGCUUCAUUGGUUACAUGCGACUAGUCGUCAAAGAGCAUACAGUGAUUGAGUCUCACCCUGACAACGCCAGGGAUGAUUUGAGAUUGGAUUGCCCGUUUCCGGGCCUUGUGCACUUUGUGGAUUCCUUGGACCUAAGCCAAAUGACAAAGCAGGAACAUAUGCACACACCCUACCUAGUUAUUGACUACAAAUUCUUGGAGAAGUGGAAAGCAGAGCAUGGAGAAAACAUUCCCAAGACAUAUAAGGAGAAAGAGAGCCUUCGUCAAAUGAUUCGGAGUGGUGUUCUCGUCAACGAGAACGGUGUCCCAGAAAUCGAAGAGAACUUUGAGGAGGCGGCAAAGAGUAUCAACGCCUCCGUCGUGCCAACGAGAAUCCCCAGCGAAGUCCAGGAAAUAUUCAAUGAUCCUGCGUGUGUGAACUUGACAUCAGAGAGUUGCUCCUUCUGGGUGAUAGCUCAAGCAGUCAAGCAGUUUGUGGAGAAUGAAGGAUGUGGAAAGCUACCAUUACGAGGUUCCAUUCCCGACAUGACUGCCGACUCAAAACGAUAUAUCCAACUCCAAAAUGUGUACAUAGAGCAAGCCAAGAUUGAUAUAUCGGCCGUGACGUCCAGAGUGAACCAGAUCUUGGUCUCCCUAGGGAAGACACCAGACAGUAUACCAGACUCGGAGAUCAAGUUAUUCUGCAAGAAUUCACAGUUUCUGAGAGUAGUCCGGUGCCGGUCAUUGGCAGAAGAGUACAAUAGAGAUACAAGCAGUGCCUCAGAUAUUGCACUUCAUCUUGAGAAUCCAGACAGCGAAGUGGUCUUCUACGUCCUGCUGCGUGCCGCCGAUCGUUUCUACAAUCAGUAUAACCGGUACCCCGGGAGCUAUGACGACCAAGUAGAAGCAGAUACAUACAAACUAAAGAGCUGUGUGCAUAACAUCCUACAUGAAUGGGGAGUCAAUCUAACCUUGAAGGAUGACCACAUCAAUGAAAUGUGUCGAUACGGAGCGGCCGAGUUGCAUUCCAUAGCGGCAUUCAUCGGUGGAGCAGCAGCACAGGAAGUGAUCAAGAUUAUAACGCAUCAAUUUGUACCGUUUUCUAAUACUUACAUCUACAAUGCCAUCACUGCAUCCUCGGCUACGUUCCAGCUCUGAUAUCCCUUAACCGUCUGAAACCGCUGUUUGAAACCAUACCACGGUUCUGCCCACAGUGGUCGGUGCCGGAAAACCCACCCGUGCACACAGUGGUCAGUGCCGGGAAAACCCACCCGUGCCCACAGUGGUCUGUGCCGGAAAACCCAACCGACACUAAAGGAUUCCCCAACCAGCACUGAAAAUAUUUCCUCUGUUUCCGACCACCACAUAUUUUCACAAUUUUCUAAAUGACACACUUUCGUUUUUAAUGGGUAUUUACCAGUAAAAAUGGUAUCCCAAGCCAUUCAUUUCGAGCACUUCUUUGACUUGAGUCUAUUUACAUGAUCUACCAUGUAACUGAUCCAUCUCGAAAUGGUUUCAAGGGGGAACAAGCUCCUGAAUAUUUCAUGAACAUGCUCAAAUUGACAUCUCAACAAAGACAUCUUCGUUCGUCUAGCUCUUGCUCCCUUUUUGUUGUGCCAAGAACUCGCUGUUCAACUUUUGCAGAGAGAUCAUUCUCUGUAUAUGGCCCCAAAAUGUGGAAUCAGCUCCCUACACAGAUCUGAAAUGCCAUCUCACUCACCUCAUUCAAGACACUCCUUAAAGCUCACCUGUUCCAGCAGGCUUUACUAACCGUUCAACUGUGCCUCAGCACCUUAGAACAAACGUUUGAUUUUGGCGCCCUACAAAUGACCUUAAAUGAUUAAUUGAAUGAUUGAUUGAUUGAUUGAUUGACUGAUUGGAUGAUUGAUUGAUUGAUUGAUUGAUUGAUUGAUUGAUUGAUUGACUGAUUGGAUGAUUGAUUGAUUGAUUGAUUGAUUUCCACCACUAAAGAGUUCCUAGGCAAUACCAUUGGCUCUUCUCACUCUCAGAGCCAACACUUCUCUUAAAACAAUUUUAUACAUUGAGCAAGUUCGAAUUGGAACCGUGGUUAAUAAAUUAAUAACCUUGGUUAACUAAAGGUUGACCAUUUUUACUCAAAUCCAGGCUGGUCGACCGUUGUUGACUAUAGUGGUCGACUUGUUGGAUCCAGCCUUAUGACCAUGGUUUCUUUCACUGGGAAAGACGCACAGUUCCUCAGAAAUGUUUGCUUGUUUUAUUCUCAAAAACGACAAAAUGUGUAGAUUUUACUUUAAAGCCAUUGGACACGUUCGGUAAACAGUAUUGUCCAAGUUCCACACU